AUGAGUGAUGAUGGGUUAACUGAUUUUUUGUCGGACUCAGAUAGUAGCGAAGAUGAAUUUUUGGAGCUACUACCUAAUGAAAGAGUUAAAAAUGAACAAUAUUUAGAGAAUACGGUGCUUCAGUAUUCUGAGGAAACAUUUUUCGAACAUUUUCGACUGUCUAGAGAGAAGGUGAACUAUUUAGGGGAGCUUUUUGGGAAUAGCCAAUUUUUUCAUCAUCAGGCUGGUCAGUUUGGUUAUAUUCCUGCUUCAGAUCAAAUACUAAUCUAUUUGUGGUAUGCUGGACACCAGACCGCAAGUUUCAGAGAUGUGGGUGAUCGGUUUAACAUAACCAUAAGCUCUGUUAAUAGGAUCAUAAGACGUCUUACUCUAUUUUUAAGCAACAUGUCACCAGAAAUAAAGUCAGCAGAGAUAAAGUGUCAACAGAACAUAAAAUGGCCCAAUGAUGAUGAGAAGCGCAUUUCGGAGGAACAUUUCAGGAGAAAUGGGUUUCCAAAUAAUAUAGGUGCUAUUGAUGGUUCACAUGUUAAAAUUGAUAAACCUGUAAAUGAUCCAGACUCCUACAUAAAUAGGAAAGGGUACUAUUCUAUUCAGGUGCAGGCUGUGUGUAAUCAUCAAAGAAAGAUUAUUGAUUGCUUUAUCGGCUACCCAGGAUCUGUUCAUGAUUCGAGAGUUUAUAGAAAUUCCCCUUUGAAAAAUACUUUGGAGCAAAAAUAUUUGAGGUAUUUUAUCUUAGGAGAUAGUGGACAUCCAUUGAAACCUAACUUACUAACCCCCUAUAAGGAUAGGGGUAACCUAACCAGAAGACAGCAAAACUACAACAUAAAACUAGCACGGAACCGAUAUGUGAUUGAACAUACCUUUGGAAUUUUGAAACAAAAGUUUAGACAACUGUCUUGCACAAUAUAGCACUGGAUGACAAUUGGAUUUUCUAUAAUAAUGCCCAAGAAAUUCCACUUGAAAAUCCAGUUGUGGAACUUGAACCUAUUGAUGAGGAGGUUGAUGAUGUAGGAGCAGCAAUUAUUAGAGAUAGGGUAGCAAAUGCCUUACCAUUAUAAUUUCUAUACAUCCAUACGAUGUCAAAUCAGAAAUCAGGAGUAAUGUAAGCA